CCUGCGGUGCACAGCCAGUCUUUGGGAGCAGCGAAAUGAUUAAUGUUCUCUACUCAGUUCGACGGAUAUUCCCCAGGGCUCUGAAAUACUCUAAGGACCUCCUGACCCAGUUCGGAUCCAGUCCAUGCAUUUGUCAUUACCCCCUCCCGGAUGGUCUCCGCGGUCUUGGUCAUGUGAUUGCCUGUCUGUGCUGUCUGUGCAGCCCUGGCCAGCGGGAGAAGAGCAUCUUUCACUUGGGCAAUUUUAGAAGGGAUGUGCACCUGUCGGAUAAGCUGCCCGCUGCCAAACCAGCACAAACCCACUCGAGACAAGUGAGAAAGACUCCUCAAACGCACGUGGUAUGGGUACACUUCGAGACCUGCAGUUUGCCCUGCAACUAAAGAUUGAGGAGCUCCGCCAGAGGGACACACUAAUAGAUGAAUUAGAGCUGGAGUUAGAUACAAAGGAUGAACUAAUUCGAAGACUACAAGAAGAAUUGGAUCGCUACAGAACCACUGUGUCCCUCCCAGGACCCUCUGCAGUCAGUGCAGCUGCUUCGGCUCAAAUCGAGGACAAACUGCGAGCUAAAAGGCAGACAGUCAUUUCAGAGCCUUUCAGUCCGGACCCUGUGACUCUCGCCAUGGUUUCACACAAAAGCUGUGACAAAAGCCAGGAAUCUUGGAGGCUGAUCAAGGCAGCAUUUUUGAAAAAUGACUUGUUGAAGAAACUUAAUGAAGAAGAAGCGAGAGGCAUCGCCGCCUGUAUGUAUCGCACCACCAUCAAUCAAGGCUGCUUUGUCUUUCAAGAGGGAACCAUCGGGGAUCGGGCUUAUGUUUUAGAAGAAGGGAGGCUAGACGUGACAAAAGAUGGACAGAAGAUGCUCAGAGUUGAGCCAGAAGACAUGUUUGGAGAACUAGCUCUCCUCUACGACUGCACAAACACAUAUUCUGUCUCAGCACAAACAGACAGCAAGCUUUGGGUUAUUGACCGCAAAAGCUACCAGACUGUACUUAUGCAAUGUGGGCUCAGCCGUCGUGCUCAUUCAGUGGAGUUACUGAGAAGCCUUUCCUUCCUGCAGUCAUUGCCAGAGGAUGUUAUCAUGAAAAUGUCUGAUCACAUGAAAGAGGCUAAGUACACAGAUGGCAACUACAUAAUUCGACAAGGAGACACAGGAGACACUUUUUACAUCAUUAGCAAAGGCCAGGUGACAGUGACCGAAAAGCAGCCAGGGCAUGAAGAGCAAGUAGUCCUGUCUGAGCUCUGUGAAAGGCAGUGGUUUGGAGAAAAAGCUCUGUGUGGAGACGACAUUCGGACCAUGAAUGUGAUAGCUAUUGGUGAAGUGACAUGUUUGAUAAUAGAUAGAGAGACUUUCAACGAUAUUACUGAUGGGUUGGUAACUGGCAGCUGUCACAAAGUGCAGAGGAGCCAUGCAACCAAAGUCAAGCCAAAUGAGGACCCUGCCCUUCUGGCAUCUUCCACUUUAAGUGAUUUUCAGAUUAUCCAUACCCUGGAAGUUGGGGAGUUUGGUCACAUUGACUUGGUGCAAUUAAAGAGCAACAUCAAGCAUAUUUUUGCUAUGAGGGUUCUGAAAAAGAAGCUAAUCCUCAAACACAGUGAGCGUGAGCACAUCCGGAGAGAAGGCCGCAUCCUAAUAGAGGCUUAUAAUCCCUUCAUAGUCAGGUUACAUAAAGUCUUUGGAGAUGUUGAGCAUCUGUACUUUUUGACAGAAGCUUGUUCAGGUGGGGAUUUAUCUGACCUGUUGAAGGACAAAGGAAAUUUAGAUGAGUGCACCACCAGGUUCUACACAGCAUGUGUUGUCGAAGCUUUGGCUUUCCUUCACUAUCAAGGAGUCAUUUAUAGAGAUGUAAAACCUGAAAAUGUCGUCCUGGAUGAGCAUGGUUAUGCCAAACUGAUUGGCUCCAGGUGUAUGAAAAGGGUCGAGGUGGGUAAGAGGACAUGGACAUUUUGUGGUACAGUGGGUUACAUGGCACCAGAAAUCAUCUUGAACAAAGGCCACAGUAUAAGCGCAGAUCUCUGGUCACUGGGUGUUUUUGUGUUUGAACUUCUGAGUGGUAGGCUACCAUUUGAUGAUGCUGACCAGAUGAAAAUUCUCACUACAACUAUUCAUGGCAUUGAUCAGAUCAAAUUCCCAGAAAUCAUCAGCAAAGAUGCCUGCGCUCUCAUAAAUAAACUGUGCAGGAGCAACCCCUUGGAGAGACUGGGCAGUCGGAAAAAUGGAGUCAUGGAUAUUCAGAAGCAUGAAUGGUUUGAAGGAUUCAGUUGGGACGGGCUUUGCAAAAAAACAUUAACACCCCCAGUUAUUCCCAAAGUUCAGCAUCCCCUGGAAAGCAGCGCAUGUGCUUUCUAUAGUGAGAGCUCAGUGAAGCAGUGCAUGAACUGGGAUGAUUUCUGAUGGACUUCUGGGAACAAAAGCUGUCAUCACUUUUAGCUUGGAUGAGUAAUGAUCUGCUUCCAGUAUUACUGUCAGCAAGAAAUAAGUAUAUUUAUAGACCCCCCCCCCCCCCCACACACACACAUAUAUAUAUAGACAUUGUUUUCCAGCCAUGAACCUGCUGCUGUUUUUAAAGUUAACAUAUUUCAAACAUACAAGAUCAGUAGCACCACUGCACCCCGUGUAUUUCAAUAAACAAAGUCCUUGCAUCACA